UACUAGAGCUGGAACCAAAAAAAUAACAAUCCGGCGUCAUUAAGAAGCGAAGCUUCGUUGACGUGCUGCCUGGCGCUUUGCGGUUAACUCACGAAACCAAGCAUGAGAAUGAAACUGAGCCAUGAACUUCUUGCAGGGAAUCAUCGACUCGCUCAGCUCUAUCCUGUCUUCUCCCAAUUCUUCCAAUGAUUCUCCCUCGACUUCCAACCUUCCCAGCUCUUCUAAUAUGGAAGGCGUGCCUGCAUCCUCAAUUUCCAAUGAACGGGUCGCCUACAAGCUCAAGGGGUACUUCGAUUUGGCCAAGGAAGAGAUUGCCAAGGCCGUUAGGGCUGAAGAGUGGGGCUUGAUCGAUGAUGCUAUUCUUCAUUACAACAACGCCCAGCGGAUUUUGAUCGAAGCCAGUUCAACUGCUGUGCCUUCCUUUAUCACUUCUAGUGAACGAGAGAAGGUGAAAUCUUAUCGUGAAAAAAUAUCAAAAUGGCAGGGUCAAGUUUCUGAAAGGUUACGGAUUCUUACUAGACGAGCAGGUAGCAAGCCCACUAUUCAGAAAACUGCAACUCAGGGACAAACUGCUGCAGUUUCAUUUAAGCCAUCAAAUGCUAGAAAAGAUGUGAUGCAAAAGAAUGUUCAAAGAACCAACCGUGUGGAUAAAGAUGUUAGCCCAAAAUCUAGUCAGGCAUCUGGAGGAAAUUAUGAUGCAAAGUUAGUUGAAACAAUUAACACUGCGAUAGUAGAUAGAAGUCCUUCUGUUAGGUGGGAAGAUAUUGCGGGGCUUGAAAAGGCAAAGCAAGCUUUAAUGGAAAUGGUUAUUUUGCCAACAAAGAGGAGAGAUCUCUUCACUGGUCUUCGAAGGCCUGCUAGAGGUUUGCUUCUAUUUGGUCCCCCAGGAAAUGGAAAAACUAUGCUUGCCAAAGCAGUAGCUUCAGAAUCAGCAGGAACAUUUUUUAACGUAUCCGCAGCUUCCUUGACAUCAAAAUGGGUUGGUGAAGGUGAAAAGCUUGUCCGGACUCUUUUCAUGGUAGCUAUUUCCAGGCAACCAUCGGUGAUAUUCAUUGAUGAGAUUGAUAGUAUCAUGUCAACGAGGUUGGCUAAUGAGAAUGAUGCAAGUAGACGAUUAAAGUCUGAAUUUCUAAUUCAGUUUGAUGGGGUGACCUCCAAUCCUGAUGACAUUGUAAUUGUUAUUGGAGCUACCAAUAAGCCACAAGAAUUGGAUGAUGCAGUUCUUCGGAGACUGGUGAAAAGAAUUUACGUACCUUUGCCGGAUGCAAAUGUUCGAAGACUUCUAUUAAAGCACAAACUCAAGGGUCAAGCGUUCUCAUUACCUAGUGGAGAUCUAGAAAGGCUUGUGAAAGAUACUGAAGGAUAUUCCGGAAGCGAUCUACAAGCCUUGUGUGAAGAAGCGGCCAUGAUGCCAAUAAGAGAGCUCGGUUCUGACAUUCUGACUGUCAAGCCAAAUCAGGUAAGAGGACUGAGAUACGAGGAUUUUAAGAAGGCAAUGAGUGUAGUGAGACCCAGUUUAAACAAAAGCAAGUGGGAAGAGCUUGAGCGGUGGAAUGAUGAGUUUGGCUCUAACUGAAUCAGGGUGAAGCUAACCUCUGUACAAUGGCUAAUCUGAAAUGUUUAAUCCUUGACGUCUCUCUAUUGAAUCUUCUGUACAUGUAUUUGUUUCAUUGUUUGCUCUGGAAGGAAUGUAAAGGAUGCCAUUAUUUUACUUCAAUUUUCAUUUCCUCUAUUCUCUCCUCUGCCGAUUCCAUCUAAUAGAAUAAAGUUUGUACUUUGUUACAAUGAUUUAAAAAUCAGAUUGAAUUGGACGGUUGGAUUGACCGGUCUA